GAAGAGGGAGUUAGGAGGACAGUGGUCAUCACCAUUCACCAUUCACCAUUCACCAUUCACCAUUGGAUUGGAAGCCACGCUCAGUUGAUUCUUCUAUCUAUCUUCUCAAUCCUCCAUUUAAUACGGCGCCGUGCUCCCUUCAUUUUUCCCCUCAUCUCUGCCGCUGACUGCUCUCUUCACACCAUUACAUUUCUUCUUUUUAGUGUCGCUUUCUCCCACCUCUCCUAGUGCUAGACCAAUACCUCAUCAUCUUCUUCUUCACCUUCAUUUUUUAUUCCAACUUCUCCUUUUAAUAUAUGUAUAAAUACACCAGCUCUUUUUUUGUUUAAAUACAAAAAAAGAGAUUCUAUUGGAUAAUUUGAAUUCAAACUUGAUCUUCAUCUUCUCUUUUGCUGCCUCCCUUGUUUCUUCUCAUUGUUGUAGCCCAGAUAAAGAUGAAUCCUUUCUUGGGUUUUGCUUGAAACCUCAAGAUUUUCUUCGAAUUUCAAGAACCAGAUAAUUUUAAGAAAAUCUCCCCACUCCCACAUGCCUCAAACGUGGGAUGCACUCUGUGAUGUUGUCAAAUUCUGAAAUUUCACCUCAAAAUCUUGUCUUGCUUUUGCUUUAAAUAUAUUGUUUGUAUUGGAACUCUAAUAUAUACUUUGCUCAGCUGUUCAAGAUUGCAGUUUUCUGGAAUCUAUCAGCUGUAUAUUUUUCUGUAUUUCAAGAAAUCCUUCCGGGAUUCUGUUUUCAGAGCUAGGCAAUUGACAGCUAGUGUUUUGAUCUGAGGAAAUGGGAGACUCAGGUAAUGGCGGUGCAAGACUUGGAAACACCGGAGUGAUUGAGCUGACGGGGAAGAUAAUGGUGGUGGCAAUUGUCCUCCUCUUCUUUGUUGUGUUCUUUGUCUUUUGCCUUCACCUCUAUGCCAAAUGGUUCUGGUACCGCCGCCAAGAAAAUACCGCGACCACCUCCACAAGGCGCCGCCGCCGCUUUGAUUUCGCGGCGGGCCACCAAGAAAUUGUGGUUGUAUCAGCCUUGCGCCACGGCCUUGACCCUUCUGUUCUCAAAACCAUUCCUGUUAUAGUCUUUGAUCCUAAAGAGUUCAGAGAUGGAUUAGAGUGUGCAGUUUGUUUGUGCGAGGUUUCUGAAGGUGAAAAGGCCAGACUUUUGCCCAAGUGCAAUCAUGGGUUUCAUGUUGAUUGCAUCGACAUGUGGUUCCAGUCACAUUCUACUUGCCCUCUUUGUAGAAAUCCUGUGGCAAAUCAGAGUCAGUCGAAUUCUGCCGCUGAAUCGACAUUGGAGACUAUACUUCAAGCUCCUAUAGGGGAGAAUUCAGGUGUUGAUGCUUUCUCGACAGAGGCUCCAAAUUUUCCAACCAAUGUGUUGAUUUGGGGCAAUGAGAUUCAAGUUAGCACUCUUGGUCCUUGUGUAGAGGGAAAUCAUCAAGGUAAUGCUAUUGCAGAACCAUCAAGUUCAUCAUCAUCAUCAUCAUCAUCAUCGAUGGGUUCAACAAGCGGUAGGCCUGAUGGGAUGUCGGUGAUUGAUAUACCAAGACAGAUCAAUGAAGAAGAAGAACAGAAAUCUCCAGUGCCCACAAGACUCAGGUCAUUAAAGAGGCUUUUGAGUGGUAAUAGAAGAGUUAAUCCUUCAAGCCCAAGAAAUUUGGAUCUUGAACAAGGAGGUAGAGGCCAAAGUUGAUUCCUUCUUUCUAUGCAUUGAUGGAAGGAAUGCUAAUUUUGUUCGUUGGUUGGAUCCAAGGGAUUGACGUGCAAGUUGCAGGUCAUCAGAAUUAAUGGUUUUUUGUCAGUUUGGCCAUUUGGCUUUGAUGAACUCUUCCAGUUCACAUAAGAUUUGGCUGCAUUCAGAGUGGAACUGAACGUCCACUUAUUGGUAGACCUGAAGAUGAUUAAAAUGUCCGUUAAUCGUGUUUAUUUGUUCAAGGUUCUUUAAUUCUUGAUUAAGAUGAAAGGUAGCCGCGUGCUACCUGUAUCUUUUGAGUCCUGUUUUAGACAGAAAAAUUGGUUCUUGUUUAGAAAACCUGUUUCAUACAGCAUGGAAAUUGAAUAUGCUGUUUCGUGUAUAAAUAUAGGUUUUGCUUCUCUGUUUGUGGAAGUGAAUGUUACCAUCUUCUCUCACAGAAGAGUGUUAGACAAGAAAGAUUCAGCGAAUUCGUCCACACAGUAGCUAUUAUGUGUUGCAGAACUGUGACAAUGAGAAGCCGUAUCUUUCUCUA